AAAUUUGCUACUCAUUGCAGCGCCGCACUUGGAAGGCGCUUAUAAUGCUGAUACCGUUUGGGUGUGUCGUCAUUCACCCGAGUGGACUUCCCCGAGGCAAAAUGGCCCGGACCCUUGCCCGCGUCGCGGCAGUGCUGUGCCUGCUGCAGGUGGCUCUUGCCCAUCCUCCACGACAACUAGAGAGUCCCCAUCCUCGACAUGAUGUUAGCAACGACAUCGCCGAGGCACUGCGGCAGGCUGUGGAGGCCAAGGUCCAGGCCGAGCAGGCCCUUGAGGACGUUCUGCAGGCCGCGGCCAUCGGCGACCUGGCUGCCGCACAGAACGCUACCGACAGGGCCACUCUGGCUAGCCAGGAUGCUUUGGAACAGGCUGAACUCGCAAAGAGCAUCGCUGUCAAUGCUACUGGCGGUCAAGUCCGUGCCGUGGGCAAGAACGUUUUAGUCGGAGUGCACCAGGCGACGAACGCCGCCGGCUGGAGCAUCAAGGGAUCCUUCCAGGGCGCCGCCGAUGAGCUGCGACAGCACGCCAACAAGGCGAAGAGGCGUCCGCUGCCGCGCUUCGAGGUGAACGCCGAAAUUCAAAAGAUGGGACGCCUCGGCGCCUCCGCCGCAGCGGCGUUCAACUCGAUUCUGGAUCGCUCCAUCGUGUCUUCCAAGAUAAGAGUAACGAGACUCGCAGACCAGAUUCAGGAUUGGAAGAGUGUGGUGGACCAGGCAGCGCAGGCAGCGCUAAACGCCUCGGCAGCCGCCGAAGCAGCACAACAGGCCAACGCUGCAGCCACAACUGUGGCUCCGACCGAGGCUCCCACUGAAGCCCCUACUCAAGCUCCGACCGAAGCUCCCACUGAAGCCCCUACUCAAGCUCCAACCGAGGCUCCCACUGAAGCCCCUACUCAAGCUCCGACCGAAGCUCCCACUGAAGCCCCUACUCAAGCUCCAACCGAGGCUCCCACUGAAGCCCCUACCCAGGCUCCCACCGAGGCUCCCACUGAAGCCCCUACCCAGGCUCCCACUGAAGCCCCUACUCAGGCUCCUACUGAAGCCCCUACCCAGGCUCCCACCGAGCCUCCCACUGAAGCCCCUACCCAGGCUCCCACCGAGGCUCCCACUGAAGCCCCUACUCAGGCUCCCACUGAAGCCCCUACUCAAGCUCCGACCGAGGCUCCCACUGAAGCCCCUACUCAGGCUCCUACUGAAGCCCCUACCCAGGCUCCCACCGAGCCUCCCACUGAAGCCCCUACCCAGGCUCCCACCGAGGCUCCCACUGAAGCCCCUACUCAGGCUCCGACCGAGGCUCCCACUGAAGCCCCUACCCAGGCUCCCACCGAUGCUCCCACUGAAGCCCCUACUCAGGCUCCGACUGAGGCUCCCACUGAAGCACCUACCCAGGCUCCGACCGAGGCUCCCACUGAAGCCCCUACCCAGGCUCCCACCGAUGCUCCAACCGAAGCCCCCACCGAGGCCCCUACCGAAGCUCCUACCCAGGCUCCCACUGAUGCCCCCACCGAAGCUCCCACUGACGCUCCUACCGAGACCCCUACCGAGGCUCCCACGGAAGCUCCCGUGAACAACCGUAAGAAGCGAUCAACUGCGGCUGAUCCCCUCGAUGCCGCUGCUGACGUUUUAGCUGAGAUCCUUGCGGAUUACACACGAUAUGCUUCCUUCGCGAAGGCUGUGGCGGAUGACGUCAUUGAGGAUACAUUCGACACUGCUGCUAAGGCCGUCGACAGGAUUGCUCGUUUCCACAGCUACAACACGUACAUCGACGCCAUGGCCAAGUUCGUCUACGGACCGGGCAAAGUUUCCGAGACCAUCAACGGCAAGCUCAAGAAGGUCGACCUAGCUGUGGCUGCUGCUGUAAACAGAUUAGACUUUUAACUUUGACUUGGUACCUGACUGCUCCAAAUUGUUUAUAGCGCCAACAUCACUUUUAUUAAACGAGUGUGACUUCGUUUUCAUGUUAAUUUUGUCACGCCCGUUAAAAAUAUGAUGCCACAUUCUUUGAAAUGUUGAUCCACGUUCAAGCAAAUGUGUCACGUGCAAACGAAUGUGACAAAAUUCACAUUCGUAACAAUACAUGAUAUUUCUAGAAUUACAGGUAUGGUCACAACAGUGGCUCCGGUUUCAGUACCGCGGUUUUAUAAGACAAUAAUAAAGUGACAAACACAGCUGUCAA